CCUCUCACAGCGCAACAGAGUCGGACUGUCGGCAGAGGAGGGCGCCUCGCUGCCGUGAGACACCCCCACAUACUUUGCCCCUGCGACGUAGCGCGCGUUAUCUCCCCUCAAAGGGGCUAAAUGAUGAGCUGCAAGUAAGAGAAUAAAAAAAAGGCCGUCUACGGGCUGGGUGAUGAGAAAACCUCGAGGUCUCUCACGGUCCGAGCAGGCUGAAGACACGCACAGCGGAGCGGGACCGUGGCUGUCGGUGCUGGCGCUGCUGCUGACCAUCAGAUGACCAACUUGUGAAAAAGUCCAACCGAGCUGUUAUUGCCGUUUUCUUUUCAACUCGAAACUUCGCAAGAACGUCAUGGCUGUCUCACUCUCCUACGACCUCUUGCUCUUACUGGUGAUAUCCUCCCUGGACUGGUCCCUCUACUCCAGGAUCUGCGUUUCUCACUGACCACAACCGCAUGACGUCAUCAGGUCGCAGUGAGAAGAAGCAGCAAAAGAGAGAGAGAGCAACUCCAGUUGAGCCUCAUUUCACGGAGUGCAUGUCGAGGGAUCUGGAGACGUUUCGCUGCUGGUGGAGUCCAGGCACUUUCCACAACCUGUCCUCUCCUGAGGAACUCCGAGUUUUUUACCUGAAGAGAAAUUCUCCCUCCAGUGAAUGGAAGGAAUGUCCUGAGUAUAGCCAUUUGAAUAGGGAGUGCUUCUUUGACGCAAACCACACAUCUAUCUGGAUCCCUUACUGCCUGCAGCUCCGCGGCCAAAACAACAUCACCUAUUUCAAUGAGGACGACUGCUUCUCCGUGGAGAACAUUGUGCGCCCUGACCCGCCCGUGUCUCUGAACUGGACCCUGCUGAUUGUUAGUCCCUCUGGGCUCAGUUACGAUGUCAUGGUCAGCUGGGAGCCCCCGCCUUCUGCAGACGUUAGCACAGGCUGGAUGCGCAUCGAAUAUGAAAUCCAGUACAGAGAGAGAAAUGCCACAACCUGGGAAGCGUUGGAGACACAGCCGCAUACUCAGCAGACAAUCUACGGCCUGCAAGCCGGGACAGAGUAUGAGGUGCACAUCCGCACAAAGAUGAAGGGCUUUCCUAAGUUUGGGGAUUUCAGUGACUCGAUCUUUGUUAAAGUGACAGAGAUUCCUCUCAGAGAGUCCGCUGUCCUGCUCACUCUAGUUCUUACCUUCGGGGUUGCUGGUAUCCUCAUUCUUAUCAUGCUGAUCGUCGUUUCCCACCAGCAGAGAUUAAUGAUGAUUUUGUUGCCACCUGUUCCUGCACCCAAAAUCAAAGGCAUCGACUCAGAGUUGUUAAAGAAGGGGAAACUCGAGGAGCUUGAUUUUAUCCUGAAUGGUGGAGGCCUUGGUGGCCUGCCAACCUAUAUUUCAGAUUACUACCAAGAUGAGCCAUGGGUGGAGUUCAUUGAAGUGGAUGAAGAGGACGCAGACUGUGGAGAGAAGGAGGACCAGAAAAGUUCAGACACUCAAAGGCUGCUUGGUCUUCCCCAAAGGAGUGUUGGGUGCUUUAGCGCUGACAGCCACCCCGACGAUGACUCGGGCCGGGCUAGCUGUUACGACACAGAUCUGUCGGAACAAGACACCCAUUUGCUGGCCGCCUCUCUUCUGCCAGGCCAGCCUGAGGAUGAAGAGGCCUUCCUGCAUCCUGAUGAAAAAGCACCAGCCUCAGAGACAAACAAAAGCCCGCUUAUCCAAACUGAAUCUGAAGGGAAGCCGACUUGGAUCAACACAGAUUUAUAUGCCCAGGUCAGCAAUGUGAUGCCCUCGGGAGGGGUGGUGCUGUCUCCUGGCCAGCAACUCCGAAUCCAGGAGAACACAGAGAAGGAAUCACAAAAGAAAGGGAAACUGGGUGAAGACACGUCCAAGCUGAACAAGCCUCAGUUCCAACUUCUCGUCGUGGAUCCAGACGGAAGUGGCUACACCUCAGAGAUUACUGCCCGGCAGAUCAGCACUCCCCCCAGCUCUCUCGUGCCUGGGGAGGGUUACCAAACCAUAUACCCUCAACCAAUGGAGACCAAACCUGCAGCCCCAUCAGAGCCAAAUCCGUCUCCUUACAUUCUUCCCGACUCCCCCCAGACUCGGCUUUUUGCCCCCGUGGCAGAUUACACUGUAGUACAGGAGCUGGACACUCAUCAAAGUCUGCUCCUCAAUCUGCCCACCCAGCAGCCUCCUCCUCCCUGCCUCCCUCAGCAUCCCCUCAAAGCCCCAGUGGCCAUAGGGUACGUCACCCCAGAUCUGCUGGGGAACCUCUCAUCGUGAAACAAAAGUUCCACCAGACCGUUUGUUAACGCCAGGCUGUUCGGCCAGGAAGUCAUUUGGAGUUUCUCACUCUGAUUCCUGCUGUUAACCAAAAGGAGAAGAUAAAACGCUUGCAGCACACUGGACGGAUGAGUCCAUGCAGGAAGUCAGCAUGUGCUCCACAUAUCUGCAAAUGUCUGCUAAAUUUGGUAAUCGAUUAAACUAAUGCAGAAACAACCAAAUUUCAACACCACAAACCAAAUUUAGGAUUUUUUAAACACAUGAUUGUAAUAAAAUGAUCAGGUCAGUGGUCUUCGAUUGCCUUACAUCUCUGGCUGCUUGUGUGUAGAGCAAGUCUUAAGUCACAUCAUGUAUCCCAAAGUUUCCUAUCUCGUUGUCCUAAUAGUACUUGUGAUAUUGUUUACCUAGCUCCCCCAUCCCUCCCAAAAAAAAGGUUUAAUAUAUCUAUGCAGAUCUGCAUCCCAAGCUUUGGGCUAGACAUGCUUUCAUUGUUAAAAAGACAAUUUGGGUUAAACAACAUCAGAAUAUUUCUUUGGAUUAUUCAAAUUUAAUGGAUUUAAGUGAUGUGCAAAAAUCCUGGACGCUAGUUUGGAAUUUUUUUUUAAGUAAAUACAAGAAAAGACACAUUAAAAGGGAAGUUAAGAGGCACACUUGAGUGUUAAACUAACCCUAAUAAAAAAUAUAGUUGCAUAUAUUUGUGUCACCUGCAGGAGUGAAGUGUAAUUACUUGAGCGUGAGGGAAGGGUUUGCUCAGACCCAAAGCUGUGCUGUAGAACAUGUAGCGGUUCCAAGUGCCUCACCCAAAGGUACCUCAUUUAUAUCAUUAAACAAAAGGGAAACUGUCACCCACUCAUAAGAACUUCUUUAGACAGAAACUUUAUGUGUCAUGCUCUGUUUGGGCGUCAUCUUGUGUCGUUUUGGCAGAGAAAGCAACUGGAAUAGGUUGACAGACUGUGAAAGUGCAUCAUAAUAUACUUAUUAUUCAUAUUUGCCACAUUCACUGUUUAGCUACUUGUGCCUAUUACAGUGUUAUUGCCUAUCUUUUAAUGCUAUGGUACUAUGCUCAUGUGGUUUGGGUCUGUGCAUGACUUUUUGCAAGCCUGCGCACAAACCAGUACCGCCAAAUGAAUCAAAGUAAAAACAUAUUUGUGCACAGGCGCACUACAAAAAAUAUGCACAAGUGUGAACUCAAAAACCACGCAUGCACAUACUCAUACCUCACAUAUAAAACAUUCCCCUUAUUUAUAUACUUUAGCUAACGUUGCCUUGCUUAUGUAUCGUAAAUUACCUGUAUUUGAUACAGCGUCAUUCACCCACCCACUCACACAAGGGUGAUGAACUACAGUGUAGCUACAGCUGCCCUGGGGUACACUAACACAGGAGAGGUUGCUGUACACUGCCGCCACAGUCGCUCUGACCACUCCUAGGAGACAAAUCACGUAAAGUGUCUUGCUCAAGGGCACAGCGACUGUGACAAAUGGAGCUCGAACCUGCAACCCUCCGGUUACGAGGCGGGCACUUAACUCCUCUGCCACAGUCACAGGAUAUAGUCAUAAAACAUUGUGCCGUGAAAAUAGUUUGACACAAAAACACAAUUUUAAGAACCUUCAAAAGUCCCAAAAUGGCAGAUGGCAAAAUUUGGGUAUGUACACUCUAAAAAUAUGAAAUGUUGAUUUCACUUAACCAAGUUAAGUCAACUGGUUCCACUAAACCUAGUUGCCUAAAUGUAAAGGGUAAUAUACAGUUUUAUACGUUGUUGUGUUAAAAGUAUGGGUGGGAUUUUAAUGCGGGUAAUUAUAAUUAAUUAAUUAGAAAGGAAAAUGUGUUGAAAGUUUACCCCUUUGAGCUCGAGCGUGCAGGAGGGACAAGCAAACACACAGCAUUCAUCUUGUAACCCUCAGCAGAACAUCUCCUAAACUCUACACUACACCUCUAUACAAAGGCACUUACUAGCAUCGGCUAUACUCCACUCAGCCUGCCCCAGCCUGGCUCCAUUCGUUCCACACUGCCUUAGGAAUGCGGACGUAGUUGAGAACAUAGACGAUCUGUGGCCUAUGAUGUCAUGAGCGCAUCUCCAAGCACGUGGGCGGGGCAAAAGAACGCAGAGAAGUCUGCAGUGUCUCCAUAAUUAAACAAAAGCGGUGUGAGCAGUCUUGCUUUUGGAGACUCUCUGACUCUGAUUUUGCAUCCUGCUUUGCUGUGCCUGGCAGCAUAGAGUAUGUGUGUGUGUGUGUGUGUGUGUGUGUGUGUGUGUGUGUGUGUGUGUGUGUGUGUGUGUGUGUGUGUGUGCGCGCUCCUCACAGCAGUGAGAGACAGAGUAAAACGGCUUCAGUCAGAGGCUCGAAACUCCACAGCAUCCGGAAUGAUAAUGAAUGAAAAGCCCCUGCGGGCUGAUUCUUUCUGCCUAUCGGAGACUCCCCCUAAAGCCGGGCGGACACUGUGCGACUUUUUCACCCGUAGCACUCAGCUUCAGCUCAAACUGUACGACUUCCUCGUAGGGCAGAUCUCACGAGUCAUGUGCUCACACUUUACGACCCAGUUCUCGGAUGCGACCUGACUGCUCACACUACGUCUGGUAGCAACACGUUGGACCUAAAAAUAUGCUAAAAAUAGCAGUUUUUACUCAACAGUCAGACUUUUUUGUCUUGUUUUGCCUGUUGUCCUUCAGGAGUGCUGCAGGAGGACACAGGGAUUUAUGGGGGUUGGAUGAGGAAAACGAAAUAAAGAAAGUAAAUCUGUGUUUUGUGAUCAGUUUAAUUUGACAUGAACACAACAAACAUGCUUUCUUGACCAUCUUUGUGAGUAAAAAAACGUGUAGAAAUAAAAACAAACAACGUGUGUUAUUAGGGAAAUAGCGGGCGAGCGGCGUUGAUGCAGGAUUGCGCAUGCGCCGUGAGCAGUUCUGGUACUUUUUGGGUCGCAGCUGCUCGCAGCGCCGCUUCAACAGUGCGAUACCCUCACGAGGGACGAGCAAAAUAUCAAACACGCCAGAAGUCCGUGCAAGCUCACGAUUGCUGAUCGGGUGUUAAUCGCCUCUCGUAACCCCCGUGCACUACACGACGCUCGGCGCAAAACUCGCCCCGAUCUUGUGGAUUCUCGCACGAGUGGAAAAUCGGCUCAAAACAGUAAAGUCGCAGAGUGUACGCCCGGCUUAAUGGUACGCGUGAUUUUGAGCCAGCCAAUCAGCCAGCAGUGGGUGUGUCGGCCCUGUUCUGCUCCAGGCAGAUCGCCUCAGGAAGAGGGCUGAAAAGAUGGCCGGUUGCCGUGGGAAAAUCCAAGGCUAAUAAAUGAGGAAGGUCCCAACCCGGUCCAGGCGAAGUGGAGAUGAUGCUAGUGUGUAAGGGUUCAGUUCAGUACACAAUAUUUACAAUGUUCCAUGUCCAUUUACACUUCAUCAGUAACACUUAUGCAAAUAUUUACACAUCCUAACAAAUCCCACAUUGGUUACCAUUAUACUGAGACCAAGUAAUCAAAUAGACCUUGUGGUUACAGAAAUAUACUCUUUAAAGUGUGGGUAUGUCAUCUUUGCCUCACUAACAAUAUUUUUUAUUUUAAAAAAAAUUAGGGAUGCACCGAUACCGAUACUGGUAAAAGUUAACCGAUACCAGGAACAGAUACCAACACAGUUGUUUGAAAAUGGCUUCACUGUAACUUGUCAUUUCUGUUCACCUAAUAUUUUAGUUUUGUGAUGAUUUCUAUUCAUAUAUUUUACUUUUUAUCUACCUCACAGUCCUUUCCUGUUGAAAGCAGAGAAGAAAAUAAAAUCUGUAUUCCAAAUCGUUGCAUUUUUUGGUGUGGUAGAUGUAUCGGUAUCGGUAAUCGGUAUCGGCGAAUAUUCAGAUCUAAGUAUCAGAAUGGUAUCGGUUUGGAAAAAAUUGGUAUUGGUGCAUUCCUAAAAAAAUGUUUGGGCGCAAAUUGUCUUGAAUGAUUAAAAUGUGAUUAAUCAAGAUAAUUAAUUACAAAGCCUCUAAAUAAUUAGAUACAUUUUUAAUAGAGAACCACUCCUACUUAAAAGUAAAUGUAUUACAUUUAAAUAGCUAGAUUUUGUGAAACCAUUUGACAUAAUUCAGUUAAGUAAAUUCCAGAUUUUAUUUCUUAGAGUGUAAUCAUGUAUCUCUAGUUAUUAUGACCCUUACCUUUCUUAGAAUAAUGUAAUUUAGACAAAUAUUUAUAGUGUGUUGCGUAAUCAAAUUAUUUAGCUACAUUAGCUGGUAGCCUCCCCUUUGUUUACUACAACAUAGCUUUCAAUAAAAGGUCUGCAUGAGUAACCCGAGUAACUUAAGGUUCCUCGUGUGUUUUCAUUUUCAGUAUUCUGCCACAAGGAUUUAAUAACAUGCCUAUCUCAAACAGGAUAAAAUUGCAUAAUUUACAUGAUAAGCUAGAGAAGUCAACUGCGCUAGUUUGAUAUGCAUGGUUUUGUGAUAAGACAAAUAAUAUAUUUUUUACAACAGGUACGUGGCUGAAUGAGACGCAUUGUUGAUGAAUCACAUUAAAAAAAUAAAUUUUUCAUAAAGAAAAAAAACUUCCAACUUUUUCUGGAGCUAAAUAAUUAGUUGGAUUAAAAGAUUAAACUAGUCUUUUGUAUCAGAUAAUGGCACAACAAACAGACAGAGCAAGCACCAUAAGAAGACGGGUUAAAAAUGUGAAUCUGAUAAAUCACGUGCCAUUUCUCUCUCUAUCUCUGUUGUUUAUGGGAAGAUAUCAGAGCUCUAUUGCUGCUGCUUAGUACUGAUAAAACCAGCAAGUUAUGCUGUCGCUGAAUGUCUUAAUAUAUUCACUAAUAGUGCUGAAAAUGUACAAAUAUAUAUAUUUUAUCGUUAAAUGUCACUUGUCACUAUGUGCUGCUGCUUGGUGCAUGUUUCUUUUUUUUAUUUCCUUACAUUCGGCCUUAUUGCGGUGGAACUGAUUCCAUCACGAGAGUUCAUCAGUCAUGUUCUUUUUCUAAAUGUUCCGUGAUCAGAUCUGGGCAGAAAAUGUGAUUGAGUUAUGUGUUUCAUUACCAAAAGAUGGUUUUGCUUCCCGUUGGAAAUAAAAACGUACAAAAAUCCCAGGCACCAUCGGUGUUCAUGAAGAAAAGAGGCAAGACUCUUUGGUGACUGUGAAUGUUAAACUGGAAACGAAAUUAUAAUCACAAAAACUGAGGAAACGUUGGAAACAGUGUUUGUAACGGUGAGGGUAAGAAGGCGGGAGGUGCUUUUUUUCUUGUUUCUUCAAGCUAACUGUACAGAUGUUUACUACGAUGAUGUUUAUUAGCCAGUUCGCUGCGCUCAUUCAUUACGUACAAUCUAAAAAACGAAAUGUUGAAUUUACUUAACCAAGUUAAGUCAACUGGUUCUACUAAACACGGCUGCUUAAAUGUAAAGAGUAAAACACAUUUACUUUAGUGUGUAACAAUGUGUAUCACUGGGAUGCGUAAGCGUCGAUACAUUUUUGCGUGAAGCUCAGCUGUUCAGAUGGGGCCGGACAGAAAGUCGAACACGAAAGUAAGAGUAAAACAUCCGGAACCUUUCAAAAUAAAAGUCACCUGCAGAUUCCCCUUGCUAAACUAGAAAAACAAUACGUCGUUAAGCCCGGGGCACACCAGAUAUGGACGCACCUGCGCCGCACCGUCAUUUUAGAUAAAAGCCAUUAUAGUUGUGAGAGUGGCUACACGAGGAACGCCGCGCCCCAGAAGCGCCGCGUCGAGGCGCUGCAGAUAGGCGCCAAAUCUAUUUCAAGCAUUGCAGCUGUUCACAGCAUUGUGGAGUACUUUACAACAGAGAUUAUGACAGCUUUAUGGCACAAACCCACCGAGUACUGAUAACUUUGAAGUACUGUUGAUUUUAAAAUAUUAUAAUAAAUAGCGUACUUAACCAUUUUGAAUGAAUUAUGGGCUCGACACACGGGAGGCGACAAACGACCGCGAUCAGCGAAAUUUGUCGCUGUCGCUUUUAUUACCCGACACACGGGAGGCGAUCCGCGGCAGCGGCAAAGCCGUCUACGCGUUCUGUUCCAUGGCGAAAUCGAAACUUCCGUUGUUUGGUUUGGCUGUGUCAGGUUGGAGGGAAUUAAGGUUAUUUAAGCAGUUCAGAGUUAAUAAAGUGGUAGAUAUGAUGUUUCACAAGGUGCUGCUAGAGUUAUGUGAAAUCUUACUUCUGAUUUUACUAUAAAACAUAAUAAUAAUCAACUUCUCCUCCAUGUUUGCUCGGAGGUGUACGGAGCAUCCUGUCCGCUCAUUGGUCAGUGAAUGAAACCUCCGUUGAUUGGUCCUCGUCCGAGCGACAGCGAUGAAAAGUUGAAAAUGUUUCAACUUUCUGGGAUCGCGUCGCUGGGUCGCCUGUGCACGACACGUGCACGAGCGCAAAAUUUCACACGCAUGUUUUUCGCGUUUCGCUUAGUAGGAGGGAGACCCGCGAUUAUCGCUUUGUCGCUCAUGUCUCAUUGAAAAUGAAUGGAGGAGAGGCGAUGUCGCCUCCCGUGUGUCGAGCCCAUUCGUCUCUCAAAACACGACAGCAAGUCUGAUCACGUAAAAACAAAAGAGUCACUUUCCGCUUCCUAUUUUUGUAUCGCGCAACUCUCCGAGAAGCGCUCAGCGGCGCUGCGCGUCCUGAGUGACCACUUGAUUCCUCAAAACCACGGCGCAUCUGUCUCUGGUGUGAAACCUCCAUAGCCGAGGUAAAUGGAACAGAAAAUAAAUCACAGACCAUUUUGGAUACACUGCCCUCGUUCUCCAUCAUGUGCGAUCUUGCAGUUCUCCAGUGAUUUUAUAGCAUCCCGCGAUCAGCUGUUACUUACAUGUGAAAUACUCGCGGUGGGAAGGGAGCUCGCGGGUAAAACGCCCUUACGCGUCCAGUGGAAAGGCCGGGUUACUCUUUACUUAUAUCACAACUAUGUUUUUUUGGAACCAGAUGACAUAAUUUAAUUAAGUGUAUUUAACAUUUAAUUUUGUAGAGUGUAGUGCCAAACAGCAAACGUUAUCUGGACACUUUAGAGGAAUCACUUUGUACACAUACAGUAUAUAUUUGAUGUUUAUUCAGAUUUUGUAUAUGGUGAUUUACAUGUUGCUAUGAAACAACGUUGUGUUUUUCUGGUCAGCACAGUAAUCAGACUUUUGAGGAACUUUCGAUAUGAAUAAGCUUAAAUUUUGUUACACAGAGUUUAUGUUUAUAGGAGGUAUUUUACACUAACAGAUUUCUAGAUCGAUGUAAUGGAGUAUUUAAUGUUUGCUAUAGAAUGAAUACAGUUAAACCUAAUUUCAAAACGUAUGUGGGGUGAGAUACGUUCUCCUACUUUUAUUGUGUGACUUCUGCCUCAGAGGCAAUUUUUUUUUUACAAUGCAUCUUGGCCUGCAGCCUAUUUUUUUUAUUUUUUAAAACAUCUGUACAUAAUCUUGCAAGAAUUAGUGCUGGUUGUUACUGUUUAUUAAUCAAAGAAUUGCAUUUUUAGGAUGCAACAGAAAUUGUUUAGCUCAUAAAUACUGAUUCGAGGAAAGUCGGCUUUCUUUAUUAUGACGUAUUGUGGCUUCAAAUAUUAAAGCUUGCCUGUCUUCUGCUACUUGUCAUCCAGGCUCACAAAACAGAUACUAUUUCAUGUCACAUUCAGAAAUAUUUGUGCUGCAACUUCAGUUUUUAACAUGACUCCAUUUUUAUUACUUUUCCAACACAGAGCCACUGUUAUCAGUCCAAUUGCUGCCGCUUUCCUUAGGGCCAAGAACCGUGUUGUUUCUUGCUAAGUUCAUUUUGUCCUCUCACCACUGAGCCUUUCUGCUGUGUAUGUGUAAUCAAUAAGCUUUCAACAAGUUACACAAUAAAAAGUACAGCAUCUUG